CCAGGAAGACAGACGCUAUGUCUCUGAGCAGCGCCUUCAGGGCCGUGAGCAAUGACCCCGGGAUCAUCACGUGGAGGAUUGAGAAAAUGGAGCUGGCGCUGGUGCCCCUGAGUGCUCACGGCAACUUCUACGAGGGAGACUGCUAUAUCAUCCUCUCGACCCGGAAAGUGGGCAGCCUUCUCUCCCAGAACAUCCACUUCUGGAUUGGGAAGGACUCCUCCCAGGACGAGCAGAGCUGCGCGGCCAUCUAUACCACACAGCUGGACGACUACCUGGGAGGCAGCCCCGUGCAGCACCGUGAGGUCCAGUACCAUGAGUCCGACACCUUCCGUGGCUACUUCAAGCAGGGCAUCAUCUAUAAGAAGGGGGGCGUGGCCUCUGGGAUGAAGCACGUGGAGACCAACACCUAUGAUGUGAAGAGGCUGCUACACGUAAAGGGGAAAAGAAAUGUCCGUGCCACUGAGGUGGAAGUGAGCUGGGACAGUUUUAACAGAGGCGAUGUCUUCUUGCUGGAUCUUGGGAUGGUCAUCAUCCAGUGGAACGGCCCGGAGAGCAACAGUGGGGAACGUCUCAAGGCUAUGCUUUUGGCAAAGGACAUUCGGGACAGGGAGCGAGGGGGCCGUGCUGAAAUCGGGGUGAUUGAGGGAGACAAAGAGGAGGCCAGCCCAGGGCUGAUGACAGUCCUCCAGGAUACCCUUGGCCGACGUUCCAUUAUCAAGCCUUCAGUUCCUGAUGAGAUCAUGGAUCAGCAGCAGAAAUCAAAUAUCAUGUUAUAUCAUGUCUCCGACUCAGCUGGGCAGCUGUCAGUCACAGAGGUGGCAACCAGGCCCCUGGUCCAGGACCUACUCAACCACGAUGACUGCUACAUCCUGGACCAAAGUGGCACCAAGAUCUACGUGUGGAAAGGCAAGGGAGCCACCAAGGUUGAGAAACAGGCGGCCAUGUCCAAAGCCCUGGAUUUCAUCAAGAUGAAGGGAUAUCCCAGCAGCACCAACGUGGAGACAGUCAACGAUGGCGCAGAGUCGGCCAUGUUCAAACAGUUGUUCCAGAAGUGGUCGGUGAAGGACCAGACCUCCGGCUUGGGGAAAACAUUCAGCAUUGGUAAAAUCGCUAAAAUCUUCCAGGACAAGUUUGAUGUGACUCUGUUACACGCCAAGCCAGAAGUGGCUGCGCAGGAGAGGAUGGUGGAUGACGGCAACGGCAAGGUGGAGGUCUGGAGAAUUGAGAACCUAGAGCUGGUCCCUGUGGAAUACCAGUGGCAUGGCUUCUUCUACGGGGGAGACUGUUAUCUGGUUCUCUACACGUAUGAUGUGAACGGGAAACCUCAUUACAUCUUGUACAUAUGGCAGGGCCGCCACGCCUCCCAGGAUGAACUUGCAGCCUCGGCUUACCAGGCGGUGGAGGUGGAUCAGCAGUUUGGGGGAGCCCCUGUGCAGGUCCGGGUUAGCAUGGGGAAGGAGCCACGCCACUUCAUGGCCAUCUUCAAAGGAAAGAUGGUUAUCUACGAGGGCGGGACUUCCAGGAAGGGAAAUGCAGAGCCUGACCCUCCAGUAAGGCUCUUCCAGAUCCACGGAAACAACAAAUCCAAUACCAAAGCAAUGGAGGUCUCAGCCUCUGCUUCCUCCCUCAACUCCAACGAUGUCUUUCUGCUUCGGACUCAGGCGGAGCACUACCUGUGGUAUGGCAAGGGGUCUAGUGGGGACGAGCGGGCAAUGGCUAAGGAGCUGGUUGAGCUUCUCUGUGAUGGCAAUGCGAACACUGUGGCUGAGGGCCAGGAGCCACCUGAGUUCUGGGACCUUCUGGGAGGAAAAUCACCCUACGCUAACGACAAAAGGCUGCAGCAAGAAACCCUGGACGUCCAGGUCCGGCUCUUUGAAUGUUCUAAUAAGACUGGCCGGUUCCUUGUUACCGAGGUCACGAACUUCACCCAGGAUGACCUGAGCCCAGGUGAUGUGAUGCUCCUGGACACCUGGGACCAGGUGUUCCUGUGGAUAGGAGCUGAGGCCAACGCCACAGAGAAGAAGGGGGCCCUCUCGACUGCCCAGGAGUACCUGGUAACACACCCCAGUGGCCGAGAUCCCGACACACCGAUCCUGAUCAUCAAACAGGGCUUUGAGCCCCCCACCUUCACAGGCUGGUUCCUGGCAUGGGACCCUCACAUUUGGAGUGAAGGAAAAUCAUAUGAGCAGUUAAAGAGUGAGCUGGGGGACAACACUGCUAUCGUGCGAAUCACCACUGACAUGAAGAACGCAACGAUCUCCCUGAAUUCUAGUGAAAGCGAGCCAAAGCACUACCCUGUGGAAGUUCUGCUAAAAGGUCAGAACCAGGAGCUGCCUGAGGAUGUGGACCCCGCCAAAAAGGAGAAUUACCUCUCAGAACGAGACUUUGUGUCUGUGUUUGGCAUCACGAGAGGGCAGUUUGCUGCUCUGCCUGGCUGGAAACAGCUCCAGCUGAAGAAAGAAAAGGGCCUUUUCUAGAGCAAGGCGUGCGUCUGCUGCCCGACCACGGGAGAGAACAAACGCACAGUGCCAACAGCAGCGAGGAGUUCGCCUACCAACUGAGCCCAACGAGGCUGCUUCAGAUACGACACAUCUCAAGACGGCGUAGUCUCUCUUGAAUUCAUCCUUGCAUUUCUUAGUUGCU